AAACACGGAUUUCUACAGCAAGAAGUGGUUAUUUUUACCAAGUUUAAUUCAAAUUUGUGCUUUUCAGUGGUUCCUGCAUGGCCCAAAGAUCUUUUCUUGUGGUACCUGGAGAGGCAUCUGAGACCGACGAGGAAAAUGAUGAUUGCGGGGAGAUUGUAAAAAUAGAGAGCGGUCCCGAUGCUCCACCUCCAAUCAGCAUCAGCACUGCCGCCGUACCACCUCAACGUGGAUCAUCGCAGGAACUCGUAGACGAAUCGGCCUUCUCUACAGUAGAUUAUCAACAAAUGCAGUUCCAACAAAUGAUAAACGAGCGCUGCGUUUCUCUUUUGAACGAGUUCAUCCACACGACGACCAUUUCCGUUUCAAGGCAAUUGGCCGAAACCGACAAUUUGCUGAUGAAAUCUCAGAUGGUGUUACAAAACACGACCGCCCCGGCCCGAAAAAUUAGUGAAUCAACGGAUCAAGUGGCCUCGAAAUUAGAAGACGCACUUUCCUCCAAUUUUAUUCCGAACAUUAAUAUUCCAUACGAUUGAUUUUCCAACUUACAUUACUUUAAAAUAAAUUGGGCACAUCAGUGGCCGUCGUCUACAAAUUUCUA